AUGGGUCAAGCUCCUUCUCUUUCACAAACAGGCGCAACAGCUCAAACUUCUGGCUUCGUCCAAGCUGACCCUCCGGAUCAUCCAUCAUCAUCCUCUGCUGAAGAAACAGCAUUCGCAGGAGCGGGAGGAGGACUAGGUUCUUCACCUAAUGUUCCUAAACCUGGUACUUCCAUCGAUCCCAACACCGGGAAACCUUAUACUGCCGGUUUGACAAGAAUCGAGUUGGCUCAGAUCCGAGCGGCCAAAGCGGUGGCGGCAGCCCAGGCAGAGGUAGAGGCGCAAGUUGGGGGUUUGAAUGUGGGUCAAGAGGGUGGCGUGAGGGAGAAUGUAGGUGGGGCAAAACUGGAAGAUCUGAGUGGGAGGGAACAAGCUGCGAGGCAAUUGACUGGAGGGUUGGAGGUAGAGAAGGAGGAGAAGGAAUUACCUGGGGGUUAUGGACGUGUAACUCCUCUUCCCGUACCCGGUACUGCCGAACAUGCCCCAACGUCUAUCUAUAAGGACGUCGGGGACACUUUGCAUACAUUGGGCACAGCCGCAUUCUCUGCUUUACCUUCGAGCAUCGUAGGGGCUCUUUCCAACCACCCCCACCCCGAGGGCCAGGUCUCCCCCAAGAGGGACACAGCGGCAUUGCUCGAUCAAGCCAAGAUACAAGCGGACAAGGUUGUCCACGAUGUACAGAGCACCAUCGCCUCUCACCACCCUUCUCACACAUCUCACACCUCAGACUCCUACGCCGCGCUCGCCACGGACAAAGCAAACUCUCUUGCCGCGUCCACAUCGGACAGAGCCAACUCUCUGGCCGCUUACGCAACCGAACAAGCAAAGUAUCUUGCAGCAGUCGCUUCGGAAAAGGCGACUACUCUAGCCCAGCACACUUCCGAUCACGCCAAUGCACUGGCCACAUCCACCGCACAGACAGCAGACUCUCUCGCUGCUGUCACUGCAGCCAAGGCUACCGAACUUGCGUCUCUAACUUCGGCCAAGACCCAAACUGCCGCCAACGGCACUGCCGAUAAGCCAGCGAUCGUCGACGGAGCGACCUCAGGGACGACACAUGGUGCUGCUACUGUCAAUGCGGAGAUAGGAGACACUCUCUUGCAGCAGGCCAAGGGGUUGGUGCAUGGUGCUUUGGCGUAUACUGGAGUCGUCGCGGCGAAUAGUCCUGCUCGUGCUGCUGGAGAACUGACAGCAGUUGUCCCCAAAGUCUCGCUCCCUUCCAACGAACCCGCUGGUGCUUUGCCUGGUGAACGAUCAAGCGGAGUAGGUGCUCUUCCCGGGAAAAACACCGAAGCUGGCGUUGCCGUGCUGCCGGACGAGAAAGCUCCAAAGCUCUCUCUCCCCUCCCAAGAAGUACAAGGCGCAGUCCCUAGCGAGACUUCCGGUGGAGUGGGAGCUCUUCCCGGGGUCUCGUCGGAAAAAGGUGUCGCUUUGUUGCCGCAUGAACGAGGCAUUUCUCAUUCCGGUGCACCUCUCCCCGCUACCUUCCUUGGCACCAGCCCUGCCAAAGUUCCACUAUCCACUGGCGAGCCCACAUCUGCAUCCGCUGUGGAAUCCCACGACGGCGCUGGCGGCAAAGAACAUUCUGGACUCUUGAGUCCUAGAUUCGCCAAUGACCGAACUACUUCUAUGGCCAGCGUCACUGCCAUUCGGGGUGGGCACGAAGGUGAUCGACACAAUUCCCUCGACUCAGCUGUCCCAACCCCUGAAGGUCAGAAACACAGCAUAAUCCCUUUCUCCCUUACGCCAGGUAAUGAAUCCGAGGGAGUUGGACAUCCUUCUACUCGAGGGAACGAAAGUACUUCAAGAUCACCUGGGAAAUACCCCAAGGUGGACCAUAACACCAUUGCUGGGGAAGGUGCAAAAACUCAGAGAAACCCUUCUUUUCCAAGUCAAAUGGCCAACCUCAACUUGAACCCUACUUCCAGCUCAACACCUGCUGUAUCGUCCGGUCCAUAUACGUUGGGAGCUCCUGUUUCGGGCUUGGACCCCAGUACGAAUGCUAGAUUGUCCUCUGCUUUAGACCCAGAAUGGGAUAUCAAACCUUUACCAACUCUGGCUGAAUUGGGUUACAAGAAUACGCAAUCGUCUUCGACGACUGAACCGAUAACAACCAACAUCUCAACUCCGGUGAAGUCAGAGGAAGAGAAAAUCGGAUCUCCUAAACGUUCCAAGAGCCCUAGACUGCCAGCAAGACCAUCAUCACCACUGAAAAGUCCUCCCAUCCUUCCUUCUUCAUCAGAUAUCGUCCCGAAUAAGGAUAUCCCCCAAGCGGUCCAACCUGUCCCAGUUUCUCAAGGCUUACAAACCGGACAAGGUUCUGUAGAUCCAACACGUCCCUCUGACGAAAUCAAAUCAGGACGAAAGAGUCCUAACAAACUUCAAAACUUUCCCGAAGGUCCUAGACGUAGCGUAUCACCCAUAAGACCUUUGGGGGAACAUGAACGAACCACUUCGAACGCUUCGGAAAGUAAGAAGAAAGUGGGGUUUAUGAAUAAGUUGAAAGGUGAGAUUAAAGUGUUUAGUGGGAAGAUUAAGAAUGAUCAAGAGAGGGUUCAGUUGGGUGAGAGGAUGAAGAAUGGAGAUGAGUAAAUUUAGUUCGAACACUGUUCUCCAUACGUGUUCCCAUAUGAUCAAUAUGGGUGGAUUUGAAGAGGGAGGAGCAGACAAGAAGUGGGAAGGCUAAAGAAGACUGGUAAAUUGUAGACAAUGAGUUGGUGAAAUGUACUUGUGCAUGUGCUUGAAGUUUGAAAAGGAUGUGUGUACGUUUUGGAUACACGAUCGUAAUGUUCAAGGUACAUACUCAGUUUGAUAUGCAUCAUGCUUUCUAGUC